CGGCGGCCGCUGGAGCCGGGAUAUGGGGCGGUCCAGGCCCCGCUGAGAUUCAGCCCGGGGCACCGGGACCGGCAGGUCGUCGUGCGCUCGGCCCGGGGUGCUACUGGGACGACUCUGGGAGAUCCUGUGUCUCUUUUUUAAAAGAAAAAAAAAAAAAAGAGAGCAAGAGAAUGUUACAGACAUAGACUUCUAGUCCCAGAUGCAGUCUGUCAAGAGGUAGAGGCCUAUCAUGACUCUGAGAUUCAGUCUCUGAAGGAGUAGUUGCUCUUUGUUGCCAUGACGACAGGCGACUGCUGCCACCUACCUGGCUCAUUGUGUGACUGUCCAGGAAGUGCUGCUUUGUCUAAGUCAGUGGAGGACUCCGACAUCGGGCGACCACAGUAUGUCACCCAAGUGACUGCAAAAGAUGGCCGGCUGCUCUCAACAGUGAUCAAAGCACUGGGAGCACAAAGUGAUGGUCCCAUCUGUCGAAUCUGCCAUGAAGGUGGAAAUGGGGAGGGGCUGCUUUCUCCCUGCGACUGCACAGGAACACUGGGGACCGUGCACAAGAGCUGCCUGGAAAAAUGGCUCUCCUCCUCCAACACUAGUUACUGUGAGCUCUGCCACACUGAGUUUGUCGUAGAGAGAAGACCAAGGCCCCUCACAGAGUGGCUGAAGGAUCCUGGCCCUCGCAAUGAGAAGAGGACCCUCUUCUGUGACAUGGUGUGUUUUCUGUUCAUUACUCCCCUGGCGGCAAUCUCGGGCUGGCUGUGUCUUCGUGGUGCCCAGGAUCACUUGCAGUUCAACAGCCAGCUGGAAGCCAUUGGACUGAUAGCACUUACUAUUGCACUUUUUACUAUCUACAUCCUUUGGACACUGGUUUCAUUCCGUUAUCAUUGCCAGCUGUAUUCGGAGUGGAGAAGGACCAAUCAGAAAGUCCGCGUAAUGAUUCCGGACUCCAAGAGCCCUCAUCCUGUCCAGCAUUCCCUGCUCUCCACCAAGCUCAUGAAGAAGAAUGCAGAUGAAACAACUGUGUGAGUUACCCCAUGCCAGAUAUCCUCCGAAUGGGGCAGCUGUGAGCAAGGAGAGGACCAGAGUGGCUUUGCAGGAAUGUCGCCAGAGAAGCAGAUUGAAUCUUUUUCUGUGGACAAGGUGUGUGGAAGCUGCAGCGACCUGGCAAAACAAUCACCCCAACCAAAGGAACUUUGCACUCAGCGAGUACAGUACUUUAGUUUGAGGCAAACAAACAGAUGAUAAACAUUUGGCUGUGUGAAAUGGCCCCAAAGGGCUCUGAGUCCACAGAGACAGAAAGGCAUAUGUGUUUAUCUGCCAGAAUUCUUUCUUAAAACUAAAUACAUGAUGUGGAAAAAAUCCCUCUAUAUAACUAUAUAUAAAUACUAUUUUUAAUGGCCAUGCAUAUUGUGUUUCAGUCCUUUUGUGUUGAUAUAGACAUUGUUCUAAGCUUCAGUAUAGAAGCUGGCAGCCUGAUCUCACUCAGAGGUUGAAUCUGGGCCGUUUCUCAAUAUGAGCAUAUAAAGAAUACUUCUCAUUGGACAUUGCUAAAAGUUCCCGUGUCCUAUGCACUAAAUGGAUUUUGAGAUCAUUGCAGCAGGUUUUCUGCUUUGUUUUCUGUAGUGGUGGUAUUGUCCUUUUGACAAGGUUGUGUGUGCUUUUAAUAAUUAUUAUAAUCCCAGAAGGAGUAAAAUGACAUAAUACUGAAUGGAGACAUUUUGUAUGUAAAAUAUUGUAAUCUUGAAAAUUUCACAAUGUUUCAGAAUAUGAAAACUCUCACUUGAAGCUGUGAGCUCAUAAAAUAUGAAAUUAUCACUUUA